AUGGCAAAACAAAGAAGCGAGGAAGGAAUAACAGAAUGGGGAAUAAGAUUAGAAACUAUUGUACAGAAAGCUAUUGAGAAAGGACAUGUAAGCGAGAGUCAAAAAGAUGAAAUGUUAAAGACAAGAUUUUGGAGACAGUUAAAGAGUGAACAGUUGAAGAAUGCUACCAGAAUGUACUUUGAGACUGCGAAGUCAUUUGAAGAAUUAAGAAAGAAAGUGAUAUUGGAAGAAUACGACAUGUUAGGUGAAGAAUACAGCAUAGAAGGGAAAGAACGAGUGGUAGAUAGACAGAUAGAUACAGUAGCCGGAGGAAACAUUUUGAAAGAUUUGGCUGAAAGAAUGACUCAGUUAGAAGAUGAAAUGAAGAAGAGGAGAGAAGACGAUUACAAAGAGAAGAAUAAGUAUAAUGACAUGCAAAGAACCGAUAGAGGGAGGAGAAGAUAUGAUGGAGAGAGACAAGGAUAUAGAUCGAAUAGAGAAUAUAGAAUAGAUAGAAGAGAUACAUAUAGAGACAAUUAUGACUACAGAAAUAGGAGGAGAUAUGAUCAGAGUGAUAGAAGAAAUGAUAACAGAAUUUACAAGGAGUACAACAGAGAUGAAGGAGAAGCUGAAUAUAGAGAUUACCGAGAGAGAAGAGAUAAAUAUGAGAAUAGAUACAGAUUUGAUAGAGACAGAAGACAAUACCAUGAAAGAGACAUAUAUAAUACAAAUGAAAGACAGUCACGUUAUAGUGGAGAUAAUGACAGAAGAGAAUAUAGAUAUACGAGAGACUACAGAUAUGAUAGACAGGAUGAUAAGAAAAACAUACAAGAACAGAGACAAAGAGACACUGAUAAUAAAGGAAGAGAAUGGAGAGACAGAGAUCGUGAAAGGACAGAUACACAAUAUUACAGAGAAAAAGAAGAAACACAAAGAAAAACAGAGAGUAAUACAAAUGAAAAGAGAAUGGAUUUAAACUCGAAGGCGUCUCUGUCGGGGGGCAGAUAGGAGGCAUGGUAGAUGACAAAAGCCCCAAGAAAACGACAUUAUAUGAUAGGAUAGUUGGGAACAACAAUGUUGGAGAUAUCAAUAUAGAGGGAAAAACAGCCAAAGGA